AUGGACAGCAUUGUCACAGCAUUGGGGACGAGCUUUCCAUUGCCCGGAUUGUCAGUGAUGGAUCAGCAGAUCAAGGAGGAGAACGGAAGCGACUCCGGCAACGACUCCAAGACCGCCACGAAAGGCGGCCGCCUAAGGGCACCGAGGUGGAAGGAUCUCAAAGAGUGGGUUUUAGUCUGGAAAUAGAUGCCUUAGGCUGCUUUUUUAACAAAAAAAAUUUUGAUUUUGUCGAUUUUUUCAUAUUGAAAAUCGGGUCCGAAAAAAGCGGCUUUUCGGGAAAAUUUUUUUGUUUUUUUGCAAUUUUUCGAAGGUUUCAAAGAAAAAAUCGGUCGGUUUUUGUUCCCAAAUUGUAGAGGGAGCUCUAAACUGGCAUGAGGAUUUGGAAAACUAGCCUGAGAUUACGGUAAAAUACGAUUUUUUCGAUUUUUUUCUCUUUUUAUACCUAAAAUCUCAAAUUUUCGCCAUUUUUGUAUCGUAAAAGUUCUAAAAUGGACGUAAAAUAUAAUCAAAUGAGUCUCCAAAUAUUCUUCGAUUAUAUCCCGAGCAUUUUCAGAGAACUGGAAAGCGGCGAUCUGCGGCGCGAGCCGGUAACAGGCGAGGUGGCCAAGUAUAUCGACCGAAUCUUCGACGUGCGCACGAAUCAGCCGCUCUACUUCUUCUGCAAGCUGUGCAAUCGAGUCUUUGUGCACAACAACAGCUCCUCGUCGAAUCGGCGGCAUCUGCGCGAGACGCACGGCCUGAAAAUUUCGCGGUGUUUCGGCGACGGGCCCGGCAACGAAUCCGGCCUCCAAUUCGACCUGAAUUCGACUGGUAUGGAGUGCAGCGGAGAGGAUGAGAAUGGUAGGUUGCUGUAGACUUGUCUACACGUAUUUUUUUAAAAAAAUUUUGGGUUGAUUUUGAAUUUUUUUUUUUUUUUUUUUGCACGGUGCAGCCUCGAAUUUGCACUAAAAAUCACGUCGCACAGUGCGAAAAAAAAUUCAAACUGAAAGCCCCAAUAAACCUCCGUAAAACGACAAAUUUGGGCUGGAAAUACGCACACUUGACCCGUCUGACUUGAGGCGUUUGCGUGGGGAGAGAGAGAAGCGAAAAAGCUGUGGGAAACCCCCGUUUUGGCGGGAUUUUUCCCCCUUUUUUUCGUGUUUUGCUUCUGUUUCAAGUGGUCUGUGGCUGUUUUUCGCGUUAAAAGGCCUUAAAAUUGCCUUGAAUUUGGCUUAAGAGGUUUACAGCCAGAGGGGUGGGAUUUCUGAGGGAUGAUGAGUUGACCCGAUUUUUUUUUUGAAUUUUGUUAUGCGAUGGGUUUGAAUGUCGCUGAAUGUGAGCGGUAGACUUGAUUCGUCGAGCCAUAUUUGUUUUUAGAAGUGAUUUAUGGAGGCUUGACGCGUUCUAAAAAAGUUUUGUUUUCGUGGCGGGACCCAAGUUUUCGGUUUAGAAUUGAUAAAAGUGAUAAGUUUUAAGGGGAAUGGCUUUUUUUAGGAGCCUAGAUGUUGCUAAUUUUUCAUUUUUUUUUUAUUUAAAGCGAAUUUGGCAACUUUCAGGUUUUCGUGGCGGGACCCAAUUUUUCGGUUUUGAAUUGUAAUAAGUGAUACUUUUAAGCGGGUUGACUGUUUUUACAAGUCUACAUGUUUCUACUCUCUCAUUUUUUUAAUUUAACGCGAUUUUGGCCACUUUCAAGUUUUCGUGGUGGGACCCAAGUUUUGGGUUUAGAAUUGAUAUAAGUGAUAAGUUUAAGCGGGUUGACUGUUUUUACAAGUCUACAUGUUCCUACUCUCUCAUUUUUAAAAAUUUAACGCGAUUUGGCUACUUUCAGGUUUUCGUGGCGGGACCCAAAAUUUGGUAAAAAUUUUGGCUAGAUGGCUUUAUAAGCUUUUAUUGAGUCUAAAAGACCUAUUAAAGCAUCGCAUAUCGGUAUUCUUGACUAUACAUACCAUUUCUGGGUCCCACCACGAAAAUCCUGAAAAUCAGGGAAAUUCCUUAAAACGACUCAAAACGCUUUGAAAUUGCAUUCUAGACUGACGUAGAAUAUUUUCAGUGUGCUUGGACGCCCCCAUCGUUCCCGACUGGUCGACACAAACCACAUCCGGCGAGAUUUUGAAUCGAUUCCUGGUCGAAGCCGAGCAACUGCACAAGCAAGAAGCGGAAAAGCAAAAAGAAUACGAAAUCACAUUCCCCGAGGUCACAUCGCGAGCCUCGCAGUCAAUAACACCCCCACCAAUCCAGGAAAAAGAGAAACCGAAGCCAAAAGAAAUUUUAAAAAUGCAGACCCUCAAAAACCGCCCGGUUCUGAAGCCAAUCAGCAUGAUCAAACCGACGAUUAAGGUAGGAGAUUUUUGGAGAUUGGUUGGAAAUUUAUUUUAGUCGAUUUUUUGGAUACUUUUUGAGGGGUUUUGAAGUUUUUUCGGAAAUUUUGAAAUUUGGCGGGAAUUUCAAAUUUUGAUUUAUUUUUUAAAGGAAUAGCUGUAUAAGGGAUGAAUUUAAAUUUUUUGAUUGUGUUUUUGUAUUCUACGAUCUUGUUUUGACAUUUCGUUCACUUGGUAUUGAUUUUUUUUAAUUUUUGUUUUUGGCGGGAAAUUCAAAUUUAAUUUUUUUGAAUGAGUAUAUGAAGGUUGAAUUAACAUUUUUUGUUCACAUGGUAGUAUUUUACGACCCUGUUUUGGCAUUUCGUUCAUUUGGUAUUGAUUUUUAUAAAUUUUAAUUUUGGCGGGAAAUUCAAAUUUUAAAUUUUUGAAAAGUCCGAAAAUAUUGUUUUCAAAUUAUAUAUAGAGGUCUUGGAACGUAUUUUACAACUCACUUUUCUAUUCUUUCCAUUUUUUCAGCGCCGAAAACCCCGCCUUCAACUGCUCCGCGAACGCCUGCUGGCAGCUCGCGCCCGAAAAGAGAACGCGCUCGCACUCAAAGCGCUCGCCGAAGCGAACCGCAUCAAAAUGGAGACCAUGCUGGCCGUGCACCGCGCCGGCUUCAUUCGCGCCGUGGACGCGAACGGCCAAAUGACGCUGAAGAAGGUGAGCCCCGCGCCCGAAGUGAUCGCCGACUCGGACUACGACAUGUCCAUGGACGAGGGCAACUUCCGCGAAGUGCAGGACGUCCUGGAAGAAGAUUGA